AUGGCGGCUUUGAAACCAAAAUCUGAAUUAACUCCUGAAGAACUUCAAAAGUUGGAAGAGGAAGAAUUCAACACAGGACCCCUUUCAGUUCUUACUCAAUCAGUGAAAAAUAACACUCAAGUUCUUAUUAAUUGUCGGAACAAUAAGAAAUUGCUUGGUCGUGUAAAAGCUUUUGAUCGUCAUUGCAACAUGGUGUUAGAGAAUGUGAAGGAAAUGUGGACGGAAGUUCCUCGCACUGGAAAAGGGAAGAAAAAGGUAAAACCUGUCAACAAAGAUCGAUUCAUCAGUAAAAUGUUCUUAAGAGGAGACUCUGUCGUCUUGGUUUUAAGAAAUCCAGCAGCUGCCGGACCAACCAAUUAA